GUGUGAUCCACCCAAGAACGUUAGACCAGUUCUCACCAUGGCUACCCCAAGAUGUUCCCUCGUUUCUUCUAUAAUUAUGAUACCCCGGAUUUGCCAGCAUGUCGUCUUCUCCCAUCGAGUGAACUCCGCACUACAACAAUAUGCAAGCUCUGCCAUACGCUAUUCCCGCUGCAGCGGCAGCUCUUGCGUACCUUGAUGGCCGCCACGCCAUCAGCUAUGACCUGAAGCUCCUCGGUCCAUUCGUGGCCACGCAGCUGUUUGCCGCGAAGCGACACGAACGCAACGACGACAUCAACCUCUUUUACGCUCUCGAGAACCACGCGAAAUCCGCCAACGCAGGCCAUGUUUGGAUCAUCUUCCAGGGCAAGCAGUACACAUAUGCGCAGGCCUACGAGAUUGUGCUGAAAUAUGGCACAUGGCUGAAGAGCAAGGGCGUCCAAAAGAACGAGAUUGUAGCCAUGGACUUCAUGAACUCCGAGCUGUUCAUAUGGAUCUGGUUCGGCUUGUGGAGCAUUGGCGCGAAACCCGCAUUUAUCAAUUAUAACCUGACGGGAAAACCAUUGCUACACACAAUCCGCACGUCCACCGCAAGACUCGUCCUCGUCGGGGAAGAGAGCAGGGGGAAAUUUUCAGAAGAUGUCAUGGCAGAGCAUGGCUUCACUGCCGUGUCGACCGAAGGACCUCCGCCGGAGCAACCCGCAAACUACCACUUCCACCUUGAAGGCGGUGACACUUCCGCCUCUGUUGCAAGACACUCCAAGGUGCACUCUGUGGAUUCCGCACAGCCACAGCGACGGAAGUUGGAACUCAUUUUCUUCGACAAGGGGCUGGAGGCAUUCAUCUUGGAGACGAAGCCUAUACGACAACCCAAUUCUGAGCGUGGAAAUCAACAGAAGAAUGACAUGGCUAUGUUGAUUUACACCUCGGGCACAACUGGCCUUCCUAAACCAGCCGUCAUGGCUUGGGGCAAAGCUACUUUGGGCAGCAAGUUCGUCGCGGGCUGGAUCCCUAUUAAGAAAACAGAUGUGAUGUACACUUCCAUGCCGCUCUAUCAUUCCUCCGCCUCGGUUCUCGGAGUCUGCGCAGUUCUGAACGCCGGCGCAACCAUCUGCUUGAGCAAGAAAUUCAGCCACAAGACCUUCUGGCCAGAAGUCCGAUCAUCAAACGCUACCAUAAUCCACUACGUAGGCGAGACGUGCAGAUACCUCCUCUCCGCACCUCCAUCCGACCAAGACAAGAGCCACAGAGUCUACUCCGCCUUCGGCAACGGCUUGCGCCCCGACGUCUGGCAACCCUUCAAAGACCGCUUCAACAUCGGCACCAUCCUCGAAUUCUACGCCGCCACCGAAGCCCCCGGCGGCAUGUGGAACCGCAGUACCAACUCCUUCAGCGCCGGCGCAAUCGGCCGCAACGGCACCCUGGCCCACCUUCUCAUGGGCUCCUCCCUCUGCGUCGUGAAAAUGGACCCGGAAUCCGAACCCCCGGAGCCCCUACGCGACCUCACAACGGGUCUGUGCAAAAUGGCCGGCUGGAACGAACCCGGCGAACUCCUCUACAAGCUCGACCCGCAAAACAUCUCGCUCAAGUUCCAGGGCUACUUCGGCAACGACAAGGCCACAAACUCCAAAAUCAUCCGCAAUGUGAAAGCGAAGGGUGACGCGUAUUUCCGCACCGGAGAUCUCAUGCGCUGGGAUAAGGAGGGAAGGUGGUACUUUGUGGACCGGAUAGGCGACACGUUCCGCUGGAAAGCAGAAAACGUGAGCACCGCUGAAGUCGCCGAUAUCGUCGGCAGGCAUCCCGCCAUCGAGGAGGCAAAUGUCUACGGCGUGCUUGUGCCUCGACACGAUGGGCGUGCGGGUUGCGCCGCUGUUGUGCUCAAGCCGGGAGAGUCGGUGCCGCCGUCAGAACACACGUUGAAGAGUUUGGCGGAGCACAUGACGAAGACUCUACCGGGUUUUGCGGUGCCGCUUUUCAUCAGGGUGACGAGGGAGAUGCAUACUACCGGGACGAAUAAGCAGCAGAAACAUCUGUUCCAGAGGGAUGGGAUUGAUGUGCGGAGGGUGGAGGAGGCGGGGGAUGUGCUGUAUUGGUUGAAGGAUGCGACUUAUCAGAGGUUCACGGAGAGGGAUUUGGAGAGGAUGUCUGGGGGAUUGGUGAAGUUGUGAUGGUCGUUGGGUCUUAAUGGGGACGGUGGUGUGGUUGUCGUCGCAGCGAACGCUUUGCACAGUUCCAGGAUGUUUCAUUUGCAUCUGACAUCUUUUCUAAAGGUCGUAUUGGUAUGUUGAUAUAUACCCUAUAUAGCGCAGUCUACACGAGUAUUCCUGUAGCAGUCAAUGUCUACAAAGGCACUGCUGGUCGUUGGCGAAGUGGGAAAUUGUCUGUCAUGUCGUCAGGUCAGACGAGUAACAGUAGGAGAGACGAGAUGGUGAU